ACCGGCGAACAUUGGGCUGUUAUUAGCUUGUUAAAUGAAAUAAAACAAGAAUAUAUAAAUAAAUAAUAAUAUGGCCCUCGUGGACUAUGGCGACAGCAGCUCCUCCGCUUCCGAAGAUGAGGACUGCACCGAAACCAUACAAACUCCAGCUCUGAGCAGCUUGAAAAGACCGGCCCUGCCCACAGCAGCCGCCCUGCUGGGCCCCAAGAAGCCCAAGCCCGAGGAGUUCGUCGAGGAUGUGGUGGAUGAUCCUGCGCUGCAUGGCGGCCGCAUCCGUAGCUUCAAGCACGAACGCGGAAACUGGGCCACUUACGUCUAUGUGCCGGCAACAGCUUGUGCUGACCAGCUGGAGGAGUUUCAAUCGGAGGCCAUUGCCCUUCUGGAGCCACACGUGGAACUGCAGCCGAACGAGUCCCUCCAUCUGAGCCUGAGUCGGACAGUGGUGCUGCAGUACCACCAGAUCGAUGAGUUCUCCCGAUCCUUGUUAGCCGCUCUCAACAGCUCUACGGGAUUCGCGGCCACUUUGCAGGGACUGCGGAUCUACACGAACGAGGAGCGAACGAGAACCUUCAUUGCAGCGCCCCUGGAUGCUGCUUUUGUGGAGAAGAUGACUGCCAUCCUGCAGCCCAUCGACCAAGUCAUGCUCGACUACCGGCUGCAGCAGUUCUAUGAUCCGGUCUCGUUCCACGUAAGCCUUCUUUGGUGCGUGGGAGACCAGGAGAAAGUGCUCAACGAGAAACUAUCGGAUCUACAGGAGCUCCUCGAAGACCAAGACACACUCUCUCUUGCGGUCAAUGAGGUUCACCUCAAGAGCGGCAACAAGGACUUCACUUACACGCUAAAAUAGGAUAUUGCCAAUCUUUAAUUGAGUAAUAAUUAUUCUUAUAUAUACAUAAGAAUAAGAAUAUAUAUAUCAAUAUAUAUUUAUGCAUGCUGCUUUCAAAUAG